UUAAUAACUAUGGCAAGAAAAGUCAUAAAUGGGACAAAAUUCACUUAACAACUGUCUCAUUUAACAAUGGAAAUUGUGGUCAUAAGUCAAGGACUACCUAUAUUUUGUUGUUUCCAAACUGACUUCACUGGGUCCAUGUAAUUAAUAUAAACCUAAAUUUUUCCUAAUGAGGGAUCAUAUAAUUUAUUUAUUUGAUUUAUACCUCACAGGAAACCAGUUGUACAUGGCAUUUCCUCCUCGGACCACUGCUCUAGUAGAUUUGACUUAGACUAAACUUGAACUUGAUGUCGGUCCAAUUCCUUCAUCAUUGAAUCACACUGUUAUUAAUAUCAAUAUUAAUGUAUGGCACAUUAGGUACUUUACUUUUUUGCCUUUUUGACAUUAAACAAAGAUGUUUGUAAUAGAAGACUCCCUUUCAGGAAACUGGCCUUUGCUCACUCUACAUAUUUUUCUAUCUGAGAAUCCUAGGGAUUGAUUCCCAAACUUUCAUCGGUUGCAUUAUACCUCAGCGCACUUGCUAAAAUAGAAAAAAAAAUGUGAUUAAUUUAUUCAUGUUGAUAAAGUGGGAUGGAGCUGGAUGACAACAUUUUCCAACCUCUUGUUUUUCAUUGUGCAGAAAAGAGUAAAGAAAGUGAUAAUUCGGCACCUUAAUUUCCUGAGACUUAAUAAAUAGAAGUUAAGUUAAAUUAAAAUUUAUAGCCCUCCUUUCUAUUUAUAUAAGCCCUGGACAUAACUUACAAUAAAGUUUAAAUUAAAUUCAAUUAACUGAAAAAAAUAUUGAAGGUGAAUCAUUGAGCAAGGCAAAGUAGAUAACCUUCACCUUUUUACUCUAACUUUUCAUUGGGCUGUGUAAUCUAUCCUAUUGUUUUGCCUGGCUCUCUCUUUUUUGGCAGAUAUUUCCAUCUAGCUCACAGAUCAAGCUAUUCAUGUACCGAAGAAGCAUGAAAACCCCACGUAAAUAACUGCAUGUGACAACAUCUAUGCAUGACACUUAUUGCAUGCACACAUAUGAAGCAGUGCCCCCUCCCGGGUGGAGAUGGAAGCCAAUGCAGCAAGCGAUGAGGGUGUGCAUUUCCAGAGCUACCCUUUUGACUUCUUGGAGUUCCUGAACCACCAGCGCUUUGAACCUAUGGAGGCCUACAACCACGAACACGCCAAAGCUGUUGCUGCCCUCCCUUGCCCACAGCCACAGUAUGAAUAUGCCCAACCACCAACAGCUGGUCCACCUGCUCACUUUGACCGUGUCCCUGCCACUAUUGGCACACCUAAACCCAAAGCUGAGGGCCCAUCCUCUUCUUCCUCAGCUACCUCAUCAGGUACCAUUCAAGUCAAGAAAGCUGAACCAGGGGGCCCUGCACCACCUCCACCCCCUCAGCAGCAACAGCAGCAGCAGCAACCACCAUACAAUACUCCAGCUGUGGUACCAACAGCAGGUCAGCCUCUCUUUGACAGUACAGCAGCAGCAGCCGCUGCUGCUGCUGCUUACAACACUCCUCAGUGGGGCAUAGUAGACCUUUCUGGCCACCAGCAUCUCUUCAGCAGCCUGAAACGUGGGCAGGCUCCCCCAUCAGCUGCAGCCACGGUAGUUCCUGACAGUCAGGCAGGCAAAGACGAUAAGAACUAUUUCCGUCGACUGAAAUACUUCAUUGAUCGGCGCUUCCCAUGCGGUGUAUGCCAGAAGUCAUUCAAGCAGUCAUCCCAUCUUGUGCAACACAUGUUGGUGCACACAGGCGAACGGCCAUAUGAAUGCACCACCUGUGGUCGUACCUAUAACCAUAUCUCCAGCCUCAUCCGGCAUCGCCGUUGUCACAAAGAUGCUGAGGAUGCUACUGCUGCUGCUAACGCAGCAGCUGUUAAUGCAGCAGCUGCCAACGCUGCGGCCGCCAAUGUAGCAGCCGCCAAUGUGGUUGCUGCUGCCGCCGCUGCUGCUGCUGCCGCCAGCAUAACAGCAGCACCUGGUGCUGAGGGAACAGCCCAGCCUCCUACCCAAAGCGGCAACCCUCAGUCAGUUGCUACACCAUCUGGAGGAGCAGCCACAUCUGCCCUCAGUGCUGCCAUAGCUCAAGCCGAAGGUCCUUUUACCUGCUCUCUGUGCUGGAAAGUGUUUAAAAAGCCAAGUCACCUUCACCAGCAUCAGAUUAUCCAUACUGGUGAAAAGCCAUUUUCCUGUUCCAUCUGCCAGAAGAGUUUUAAUCGCCGUGAGAGCUUAAAACGACACGUGCGGACACACUCGGAUCUGUUGCGAGUGCAGUGUGGGGUUUGUGGCAAAGAAUUCCGGGAUGCCUCCUACCUCCUCAAGCACCAGGCCACUCACGCUCCUCCUGGAACUUUACCUCCACGACCUGAGUACAAAUGUGACAUUUGCGGCAAGGGCUAUGUAGCUCCCCAGAAUCUACUACGUCAUCGGCAGCUCCAACAUGAAGGUGCCCAGCUGUCCAAAGAUGGCACUAAUACCUUGCCUUAUCUGCCACCAGGGGCCUACCUCCUUCCACAAGACCCACAAGGCACAGGCUCUGAGGGAGAUACCAAGCCAACAUCUUAUGGUCUCUUGGGUGCCCACCCCUUGCUGGUGGGGACAGCAGCAGGCAAGAAUUUCUGCUGUGGGAUCUGUGGCCGUGGAUUUGGGCGACGGGAGACACUAAAGCGUCAUGAGCGGAUCCACACGGGUGAGAAGCCUCACCAGUGUGCAGUGUGCGGGAAGCGUUUCCGUGAAUCUUUUCACCUCAGCAAACACCAUGUAGUGCAUACUCGGGAGAGGCCGUACAAAUGUGAAAUAUGUGGGAAAGUGUUUGGUUACCCCCAAAGCUUAACGCGGCACAAACAGAUUCACCGAUUACAGUUACCUUGCUCUUUACCACCCAUGGGGCCCUCCCUGACCCCCAUGGGCCCUUCUCUCCCUCCACCCCCCGAGGGACUAACCUAUGGCUGUUCUGACUGUGGAGAGCGCUUUCCUGAUCUUUUUCAUGUCAUGAGCCACAAGGAGGUCCAUGUGGCUGAAAAGCCCUACCCUUGUGAUGUCUGUGGCAAAUGUUUUGGUUUCAUUGAGAAUCUGAUGUGGCAUAAACUUGUCCACCAAGCUGCUCCUGAGAGACUUGUACCACCAGAUGAAACGGCAGCUGCUGUCGCCCCACUAGAGAAUGGACUAGCUAGUGGUGAGAACAUAUCAUCUUAUGAAGAUCAUCCGACUUUGCCGAGUGGAGAACGUUUCUCCUGCUCUAUCUGUGGCCAGACCUUCAAGCAUUUCCUGGGACUUGUGACUCACAAGUAUGUGCAUCUGGUGCGUCGCACACUGGCCUGCUCGGUCUGUGGACAGAGUUUUGCUGGAGCUUAUGACUUGCUGUUGCAUCGCCGUACACACUUGCAAAAGCGGCACUUCUCUUGCCCAGUCUGUGGCAAGCGCUUCUGGGAGGCUGCCCUUCUCAUGCGUCACCAGCGCUGCCACACCGAGGAGCGCCCGUACCGCUGUGCUGUCUGUGGGCGUGGAUUUCUGCGGUCUUGGUACCUGCGUCAACACAAAGUGGUUCACACAGGUGAGCGUGCUUACAAGUGUGCCCUCUGCAACAAGCGCUUUGCCCAGUCAUCCAGUCUGGCAGAACACCAGCGUCUUCACGUAGUUGCCCGGCCUCAGCGUUGCCCUACUUGUGGCAAGACCUUCCGCUACCGUAGCAACCUUUUGGAACACCAGCGGGUCCACCUGGGAGAGAAAGUCUACCGCUGUGACCGCUGCUCCAAGAGCUUCUUCUAUCUGUCAUCCAUUCUGCGUCACCAACGCUCCCAUGAUGCUAAGCGUGAAUUAAGAUGUGGGGCCUGCCUUAAGCUCUUCAAAGACCCCAAGUAUUUUAGCAAACACCUCCAGGCCCAUCAAGGAGGACGGCCCUUCAAAUGCAGCACCUGCGGAGAAGCCUUCUCCAAUACUUAUGGCCUCAAAAAGCACCGCCACAUUCACAAGAUGGAGCGCUUUGCUGCCAUGGGGGCCCAUAAGGAACAGCCCUAAUGUUUGAAUAGUAGCAGCAGAAAAAAAAAUGGGUGGUCCGUAUCUUGAUACUGUAGGAUGAGAUGUGAAGCUAGUUCCAGGUUUCUGUGAGCCACGAUGACAAGGCAUUUCCAUAUAUAGAAAAUAAGACGAGCUUGUUGGCAGUGAGAUGCUCCAGUUGGGCACUAAUUUGGAAGAGUCAUCAACCAUAAAGUCACAAGCAGGACAAGCCAAAUAGAGGCAAGAAUGAAUUGUAAAGAUAGGGUAUGUAAUUAAUAAGUGGUAGCCACCAGUUACUUGCUAGAUUUCUGCUCUCUAACAGAAUAUCUUGACCACUCUAGAUUUUUAAACUAAUUGCCCGGGGAAAGGGAGAUGGAGAUAGCAAUCAUAGAAGUGACCUUUGCAUGUCAAGCAUGGCCACAGUGUUGGGAGAUGAAAGUUUCCUGUUUCUGAGCAAAUGGGAGCAAAUAAGGUUAUAGUGGAAUGACAUUUUUUUCAUCUGAAGCCUAUGUUCUGGAAUGGAAAUCAUAUGGCAUUCCAGUUCACAAGAAGAGGUGGUGCUUCCUGUAAUCUCCUUUACCUAGAGAGAAAUGUUAGACCCAAUUCAUUAAUUUGGGAAUGAGACAGGAAGGACCAAGAUACAGCACUUGAGGAAUGUCCACCAAUCUUUUGUGUAAACUCAACUAUGUAAUCUGUAUUAGGUAAGCCUUGCUUGCAUUCUCUGAAAGACUUUAAUUAGUGUCCUUUCUUUAUAUGUAUAAACAAAAUAGUCUAGUUCUCAAUUUUUUAAGACCUGGGAGGUAGUGACACAUGGCUGUGGACAGUAGAAAGUUAACAGAGUCUGCUUGAAUUGUCUAGUAGUGUGGCGGCACCUGUUGUCUAAAUGCUGUUGUGCCAUAACAUUUCUAUUAUAUCUCUGCCUCCAGAAGAAUAUCAGUUCAUGAUGCAACUGGAGGUUCACAAAAACUUUACCUAUAAAAGAAAAGUUGAGCCCAGAAGGUUUUUAGCCAAGCUUCCCUGGCAUGCCACUUUCCACAUUUAGGAAGCACCGAAUGUUAAAAAAGCAUUUGGAAUUUUUAGUCCUAUUAUGCAGCCCUGAAGAAGCAAAAUCCCAGGAUAAUUCUAUUGUGUGCUUUUCUAAAUGUUCAAGUUGGCCCAUCAGGAGUAGAGAGGAAAUACAAAAAUAGGCUAGGCUCCUUCCCCUUUGGGUUAGCUCUCUUCCUUUGUGCUCAACAUUCUUCCUAAUCUGUUGGACUUAAUAUAGAUGAACUCAUGUGUGAAUAAUACUUUACUUUGAGCCCUAAAAUGGGAUGUGGGUUUGGAAUGAGAGCUGUGACUGUACAUUGUUAGCCUUCCCUAAUGUUAGCUUUCCUUCUGCCCACCACUGAAAGUUGGAUAUGAAACUGUGAGAAAAAAAAUAAACUUAAUUGGUGGGUCUACCAGGAUUGCAUAAUGCUUUGGCUGCUUAGCUGCUCUCCUGCAUUCCCUGGUUUGAUCCAUAAGACAUUCCUAGUAAGACAUGGUGUAUCUACAUAGUUCAUUGAGCUAACUGCCCUGGCCUUGUAACUCCAUGGUUAUUAGACUUGUAUAAUGCUUCAGGUUUGACUCCAGAAAGGUUCUUCAAACACAGCAUCAGGGAUUGUGUGACUGCUGGAGAUAUCUAAAAGUCACCAAUGGGUGUUGUAUUUUUUGCCCCAAGCACUCCGAAGCACCUUAUCAAAUCUGAAGAAAUGCAAAAAACCCUUUUAUACUUAUUUGACACCAGUCUGAAUGGAUCCUCCCUGCACCUGAAGUGGAGAAUACUGACCAAGCAUGAAUAAAAAGAUCCUUGCAAACUCUCUGACUUCCCCCAACAACCUUUCCUCCUCAAUCCUCCUCCAGCAAAUUGUACACACUGGAGCACAUCUUUAGAUAGACUGGAGGGGAAACUAAUUUGCUAGAUGCAACCAAAAAGUUGUAAAAACAGGCAACCUUGUGUACAGUGGACACCACAUAGAUAAUUCCCACUUCCUUCCCCUCUUGUAACCCAAGCUGACAGUACAAUAGAAAGUAAUUUCAGCAUUUCCAUUCUCACAAAGUGAGAGCAUCUCUUCUACUAGAUGGCUGCACCAAGUGCUACUUGGUGUUGCUUUUGGUCUAUCACCCACUUGCUCACAUCCAUAGUUCCCAGACUGGUGAGUGGCAAUCCGUGAUUGUGAGGAUCCAAAGAUGCACUGUUUAAAUUUGGUUGUCCAGUGCCUAGAAGAGGAAAAGUUGCCAAAGUCUUUUUCAGUAGUAGAUAAUAGAAUUGGAGUUUAUUGAGUGCAGGUAUUUCUUAAGGCAGCCUCCCUCUUUCCCGCAGAAGUCUUGGCCUACAAACCACUCUCUAUGCUCAGUGAGCACAUUGGGAGGGGGUGGGGGUGGAUAGUGGUAGUAUUUGUGAAAGGCAUAUUUUCAAUGCUUUCUUGAAGGAAUUGCAUCAGAAUUCGGUGACCAAAUAUAGAAGUAUGAUGAAGAGUGCAAAGAUGGGAAAAGAGACGGGAAGAAGACAAAUGUUUUCCAGCCUUCCAGACAAUUUCGUUAUUGGCUGAGCACGGGGGGGGCAAAUCAUGUCCACUUUGAGUGCCCAUUUAGAAUUUUUCUGUCCGAAAUAUACCAGUUCCUCUUCUAUCUCCAGAAGUGAUUGCAACUGGAUGUUCCUUUUCUUGUUUUUUUCUUCUUACUAAAUGGUUAAAGGUCUGAAUAAGUCACUGAAAUUCAAGUGAAUUGUGGUAGUUAUACCUCAGCCUGUCUUUUACAGAAAUCAUUUUCCCCAUUUAGAAUUUUUCUUCCCUGCCUUCAUAAUUUGCAAAUAGAACUGAGUUUAAUACAGAUAGUCCUUGACUCACAAACACAAUUGAGUCCAAAAUUUCUGUUGCUAAGUUAGACAUUUGUUAAGUGAGUCUUGCCCCAUUUUAUGACCUUUUUUGAAACG